AUGGCCGACACCCCCACCACCUCCUCCCCCACCGCCUCGCGCCCGCCACCCGCCGCCGCUGGAGAGGUGAGAUCCGGUGGCAGUCAGCCUUCCUCACUGCCGGCGGACCUAAGCCGGUCGGUGGGACUCGGUGGGAACCGUCAGGAUGUCUUCACUCCGCGGACGUCUGAGCAGCAGAAACAUCCAGUGCAGCGACAGGCCAGGUCUGAGGGGCAACCGACGCAACAGGAUGUCUGGACAGGUCAGUCAGAUCACCAGGAGAGCCAGCUGUAUCAGCCGGCUCAGCAGGACAGUCAGCUGUCUCAGCUAGAUCAGCAGGGCAGUCAGCUGUAUCAGCUAGAUCAGCAGGGCAGUCAGCUGUAUCAGCUAGAUCAGCAGGAUAGUCGGCUGUAUCAGCCGGCUCAGCAGGACAGCCAGUCGUCUCAGCAGGAUAGUCAACUGUGUCAACAGGAGGCUCAGCUGCGUCAGCGGGCUCAGCAGGACAGCGGGCUCCACCAGCCGUCUCAGCAGGAGAGCCAGCUGUAUCAGCCGUCUCAGCAGGGUGUCUGGUCGCACCAGCCGGUCGGUGGGCCGUCCGGCCGGGACGCGCGGCUCAGCCUGUCCCCGGAACUGCUGCCCGGAGCGGUGCCCUCGCCCGGAGACAGCCUGGAGCUGGCCUCCCCGCGGGAGCCGGACCCCGGACCGGACUCCGGCUCCGGACCGGACUCCGGCUCCGGAUCUCUCCCGGCGGACGCGUGCUGCCGCUGCCGGCCCAGCCGCUGCUGCUCAGUUCGGCACGUACUCGCCUACUUCAGAAGAGCCUGGAUCGGAGUGCGCUUCAAAG